GCUUGCUUAGCGCAUAUUAGUUGACGCUCUGUCAUUGAAACCAGUCUAGCUGGGGAGCGCGUCGGGCUGUGAAACCAGUUGGGUUGGAUAUUUACCGUCGUUUUCAGUGAUAGCCGUGGUCAGUGGGAAUUCGAAGUAUCCGUGUGAGGUUAAGACCCGAGGGGUGAGGCGUGAGGAUACUUGGGGGUAACCCCGACCGUCCCCCACAGAACUUUUCGAAUAUAGGAUUACUUAUAUCUGAUGGGAGAACAUACCCUGCUGUUUCUGUGAUCGAGGUGUGCCGGUGUACCACGUGAAGAUGGAGGAUACUCUGGGAGGAGUGGUGGCCGCCAGCAUCAUAUGCUGCAUCAUGUUAAUCAUCACCAUCGUCGCUCUCUACUAUACCUUCAGGAGAUGUCGAGGAUUUUCUGACAAAGCCAGCCAGGAAGAUCCACUCAUCAAUGGCAGCGUUCGUAACGGCUCUAUCCCCACAGUUGCCCGCGCGAUGCCCUACCCGUUAGCCCCACCCAUGCGGGACCUUUACCAGUUCCCUACCAUGCCCACCCGCCACAUGGCGUCCUACAGACCGCGGUAUAUCGAGGAGAGGGCCCCUGCAUCCUCCCUGAAACAAGACGGCACCAGCAUUACAGUGAGAGCACACACUUACAACGGGCCCUACUCUCAACCGGAAACAGCUGUAUACGAUGUCGCACAACCUAGAGGUUUUCGGAAUGAAAGGGUACCUUUAUGGGCGCAGAAAAGCCAAGGAGAAGCGUAUGCGACGAUGACUCUUGGUGAGGAAAGUCCAGUGACGUCAGCUGACCAAAUACAAAGAAAUGAGAGUGUUAAAAGAACGUCUGUGAACACGGACAAAGAAUUCACAUUUCGUGAGAAGAGAAGUUCCCGCACUGAAGACAUAGUCAUUCCCUCCCCCGACGAGUCUCGUAGAGAGUAUUUGUUUACGAAAGAAAAAGAUUCGCCAAAAUUGUCGUCUGCUUCUCCAGGCGCCAUUCAGGUGCUUCCACCAAUACCAGCAGAGUUUGCCGAUACUGAACUAGCCAAUGACUGGGGGGCAAGAUUCGACGAGUGCGAGACAAAGGAAGCCAAUGGAAGGGGAUUUACCGGGCCGACUCCUUCCGGUAGUGACAGGACAUCACACCAAAACUCCUCACAGGGCAUACACGCCGCCGAUGGAGCAGGAUGAGGCCGUGUUCGUCUCCAGUAUCUCUCAGCCCCAAGUCCCAAACGACAACAUCCCCAUCAACACUCAUCCAGUCCAACAAUACUACUUUUCCAACGACAUUUACGCCGUCAGCUCCAAACACAAAGAUGGUAGAGGCAGAUACGCUGGUGAACCCUCCUCGGGAUAUCCUGUCAUGGGCACGUUUGCUCCGUCAGUAAGUUCCCCGGAUGUGAACCAAAUCUCGCCAUUUUCUCGUGACAGCUUCCCUGAUCCAUUGGACACUGUGACAGAUCCGUCUGUUGUGUGGCCACCCCAGGACCUCCAAGCUGGUGGCGUAGGUCCGACUCACCCGAGCAUGUACUUUGUUCAGGCUGAUCACCAGGGAUCUAAGAGGAAAAUAAAGGAAAGUCACAGUUAUGACCACAGAGUUAUUAAGUCCAGAAGAAGACCUUCAUGGCUACGAAAUGCCGGAGCAUUGUUUUCAAGAGUUAAGAGGAACAAGUAGUGAACAUGGUGUAUUUCCUUUUUAAUGUAAUUCCCCACAUGGGUACAAAGCGUGAAGCCUAUUUCUUAUGUCUCUUCGCGCCGAAAGCAUGCACGAUUGUAAAAUGCUUUCGGCGCAAUAUUCAC